UUUGUAGAUAUUGGUGGGAUUUGCUAGUUCAUUUUUUUUUUGUAGAUAUUGGUGGGAUUUACUAGUGUGUCUGAAAGUAGGUGUGCAAAAAGGCAGAUCGGUAUCGAGUUCCAAUCUGUGGCGGCGGCGGCGAUGGCAGCAUCUUCCGUCAUCCUCUCACCCUCCUCAUCUCUAUCCAUUUUCCCACCACCACAAUCACAAUCACUAUCUGUAUCUUGCAAUAACUUGAUUAUUCCAUACAAACUCCGGACUACUGGAUUCUGUCUCCGAGCUUCCCGCCGUCCUCCCCAGGAGGCCGAGAAUCCGGCGGUGGAUCCUAGGAAUUGGAGCCGGAAUCGUAUGACUUUUUACGAUGAAGACGACGACGAUGAAGACGAUGAUGAUGAUGAGGAAGAGGAGGAAGACGAUCGGAGCUUAGAUCUUCUAAUUAGGUUUGUUGAGAACGUUUUUAAGAAGAUUUCCAAACGAGCUCGCAAGUCCGUUCGAUCCGUUCUCCCUAUCAACAUCCCCACCAAAUUGGUAGGAUUCUCUGUUAAUGGAGUUAUAAUUUUAGCUUUUUUUUGGAUUCUAAAGGCCUUCCUUGAGGUGGUUUGCACUCUUGGGAGUGUCGUUUUUGUGAGCAUUUUACUUGUUCGUGGGGUAUGGACCGGAAUAUCAUAUUUUCAACAAGGUAGUAGGACAAAUGAUUUUGAUGAUGAUAACAAGGCGUGGACUGGUACUCAGCCUGUUGCUUGAAUCAUGUUUCGUAGGGGAAAUUUCAUAUAUAUCUUCCUAAAAGUUAUAAUUUUCAUAUAUCAUUUUCAAAUUUUUAUAAAAUCAUAUUUACCCUUUAAAAUAUCCUGUUUACCGUUAAAUUUCAAUAACCUAGUUACAACAGUUGGUUAUAAUAUGUUUGUUUCACCAAAUAAACGAAGAGAACGCUAUGCACUGUGAUGAUUCUCAUCACGGUAAUGAUGUUGUUUUCUUAUCUGUUAAUUUAGUGAAAUAGACUUUUGAUUUUGUUUUAUUUACCGAAAAAUGGGUAAAUAUGAUAUUUUUGGUGGUUUAAACAUAUAUGUAUGAAACUUCAAAGGAUUUAUAUGAAACUAAUAAUCCCCAUGAACAAAGAAUUGAAAUCUUGAUAGAUGGUUGGGAAGAAAGUGAAAUCCGUAUGAUCGACGACUUUGUAUCCGUAUGUAUGGAUGGUUUCAUCGUUUAACAGACAAAGGAACCUUUUACAUAAUGUAAUCUCUAUUAGAUAGAUUCUGUUA